AUGCCAAAUGAGGGAAAUCUGAGUGUUGGAGCCCCUUUUGUCCUCCUGGGCUUCUCAGAAUACCCAAAACUCCAGGCACUCCUAUUUCUGGUGUUUUUGACUAUCUACACAGUCACACUGGUGGGAAAUUUGGGCUUAAUUGUGGUUGCAAGAAUAAAUCCUAAACUUCAUACACCCAUGUACUUUUUCCUCAGCCAGUUGUCCUUUUUGGAUAUUUGCUAUUCCUCGGUCAGCACACCCAAACUGUUAGAAAUCUUGGUUGUGGAAGACAGAACUAUCUCCUUCACAGGAUGCAUGACACAGUUUUUCUUUGGCUGCACAUUUGUGGUUACAGAAAUGUUCAUGUUAGCAGUGAUGGCUUAUGACCGGUUUGUGGCUGUUUGUAACCCCUUGCUCUACACAGUUGCAAUAUCUCGCAAGUUCUGUGCUCUCCUGGUAGCAGGGACUUAUUUAUGGGGAGCACUCUGUUCCCUGAUACUCACAUGUUCUCUGUUGGAACUGUCUUACUGUGGACCUAAUAUCAUCAAUCACUUUGGAUGCGAGUACUCUGCCAUUCUCUCUCUAUCCUGCUCUGACACCUAUUUCAGCCUGAUGGUUUGUUUAGUAAUUUCUGUCUUCAAUGAGGCUUGCAGCCUCCUGAUUAUCCUGGCCUCCUAUGUCUUCAUAAUCUUUACGACCAACUCUGCACGCUCAUUGCUUCUCAUCAAAGUAGCCACUGUGUUUUACACCACUGUGGUUCCCAUGCUGAAUCCCCUCAUCUACAGCCUUAGGAACAAAGAUGUGAAGCAGACAUUCAAGAAGUUAAUCAACUCCAAACUACGUUCUCAUUCUAUUUAA